AUGGCACGUAAAUACAUUCCUGAUCCAAGAAGUAAGAGGCAUAGACAUCACGACCAAAAUGAAAUACAAGAUGCUCUUACUAUUAUUGAACAAGGAAGUUCAAUUAGAUCUGCUGCAAAAAGUACAGGGAUACCAUAUAAUGUUCUUCAAAAGUAUAACAGAAAAAAACAAAUAAAUCCAGAUUUUAAAGUUAAAAAAAUAGGGGGUCAAACAGUGUUGUCAAAAGAUAUUGAAAUGUCUAUUGUAAGCAAUAUUGUGAAAUGUUCUGAAUGGGGAUAUCCAAUAACAGAAUUUGAAGUAAGGUUGUUUGUAAAGUAUCAUUUGUCGAUAGUCGGUUGUAUUGUCAAAUCAUUUAAAAAUAACUGUCCUGGUGUUGAGUGGAUUAAAUCAUUUAUGAACAGAUAUUAUUAUUUAACAUAUUAUUUCUCUGCGCAUGUGUCAAAAUAUCAAAAGAAGCAGAGCAGCCGUUACUCCUGA